AUGACAGAACAGGCGCCACCACCGCCAGCAUGGCUGUUCCUGUUGCUCGCUUUCGUGGGCGGCGUCUACUCGGCGUCGAUGUCUUUCCGCCUCCUCUCCUACCUGGCUCUUUCCUUGCGCCGCCCGAGGGACCUACGCCGCCGGUACGGCGCGUGGGCCGUGGUCACCGGCCCGACGUCAGGCAUAGGCCGGUCCGUGGCUCUGGAGCUCGCGCGCCGCGGCCUGAACCUCGUCCUCCUCGACCUCGACGCCGCCAACCUUGAGGAGACCUCCGACAUGGUCAUGUCUCGCCACGGCGUGGAGACCAAGACCGUGGUGUUCGACCUCUCACUCGUCGGCACCGCUCGAGGCGACGAGUCCAUGAGGCGGCUCCGAGCAGCGAUGGAGGGGCUGGACGUCGGUGUGCUGGUGAACAACGCCGGGGUGGCAAGGCCGUCCAUGGUGUACCUGCACGAGGCCGACGUGGAGGCGUUGGUGCAGAUGGUGCGUGUGAACCUGUGGGCCCUGACGGAGGUGACGGCCGCUGUCCUGCCGGGGAUGCUGGAGCGCGGGCGGGGAGCCAUCGUCAACAUGGGCUCCGCGUCGUCGGAGGCCAUCCCCUCCUUCCCACUCAACACCAUCUACGCCGCCACUAAAAGGUACGUUGCCAUGUUCUCCCGGAGCCUUCACGUCGAGUAUAGAAGCAAAGAGAUUGAUGUACAGUGCCAGGCCCCGUUCUUCGUGGCGACCAGGAUGGUGGGCUGGGCCGUGCGAGACAAUUGGCUCUCGCCGCUCGUCCCCACACCAGACGCCUACGCUCGCGCUGCGACGCGCUGGAUCGGCCACGGCCCGCUCUGCACCCCUGCUCUGGGUUACCAGCUCCUGUGGUGCCUCGCGGGCAUCCUGCCGGACGCUGCGCACGACUGGCUCCGCCUGCGCGAGCACCGGCGGCUGAGAGCGCUGUUACGGGGAAUGAGGGCGGCGAGGGCGUCCAGAGCUGGGCCGGAUGCAACAAACUGA